AAGUCUGUCGAGUGAAGACGUUUUCCUCUCCGACCGUCACCUUAUGUACUGCUCCUGCUCAUUCACUUGGCUCUAGACGGUCCGUCAGCUCGGCACAGCCUCGAUGUGCUGUAUCGUCGAACCGAUCUUGUCCGACCCAUACGCAAUACAUCGCGUUGUGCUUGUACCACUCGCGAUCAUCGAUCACACCCAACUAACCCUCAUGCCCAUCAAGCAGCUCGGGCCGUGCAUCGACGACAUGAUACGCACCAUUCGUGGUUCAACUUUUCCUCGCCCUACACACGCACCUAUCCCUCCCAUCACCCCCAUUACCUUUCUCGCCUCGCGAUUGGCUUCAUUGCCAUUAUCUGUACUCUAGCUCCAUUUUAGUCCAGUCGCGAAUCGCAUCACUGAGCCCUUUCCUUUUCCUUGCUGAUCAUUACAGCUGGAGUUGAGCGAGCCUGCUCGAGUCCCCCCCUCUUCCCUGCUGCGCGCUCGACCGG